ACACUACGUCAUGACAGCCAUACUGAAAACAAGUGAAAAUACAGCAUAAAAUCUCAGCUGAAUAGAAAUUGAUAUUUCUUCUAUGAAAUUAUAUGAAACCAUGAUAACGAAGAGUAGUACCCGGAACAUAAAUAGACGCAAACAUUAAAAUUCUACUCUUUUAAAAUAAAAAUGUCCAAUGAAGAUUCAGACUCCUUACACACUGCAGUCAAGCUUGGAAAUGUGGAAAUUGUUGAAAAACUGCUUAACGAAAAGGCGGAUAUCAAUGCCACUAAUCAAAAUAAAGAAAAUCCUUUGCACAUAGCAAUUAAGCAUGGUCGAAGUAAAAGAAUAGUAAGUCUUUUACUCAAAAAUGGUUGUGAUUUCAACACAAAAGACAGUGAUGGUCUGAAUCCUUUGCAUCUUGCUGCCCACAUAGGAAACACAGCAUUUGUCAGAAUUCUUUUGAAACACAAUGCACCAAUCGAUGACCUUACAAAUAAUGCAAAUCGAGAAACAGCAUUACAUCUGGCAAGUCGAACAGGACAUCUCGAAACAAUAAAAUGUCUCCUGGAUAAAGGUGCCAAUAUUAAUGCAAAAACCGAGAAUGAAAUUGGAUUAACAGUUCUUCAUCAUUCAUCAGCUUGUGGAAAAACUACGAAACUUCUCCUCGACUCUGGUGUCAAUGUGAAUGCCCUAGACAAUUUAAAAAGCAAUGCACUUCAUAAAUCUUGCUUUUGGGGAUACAAAAACUCGACUCAAGUAUUGGUGGAUUAUGGAAUCGAUGUAAAUGCUAUAAAUGCAAAGAAUUCGACAGCUCUUGAUAUCAUACAUAGUGUUAUUUGGAGGAUAAGGAAAAGAGGCUGGUUUGAGAAUCCUGGAAGCGAUCCAGGAGAAACUGCAAUUAUAAUCAUCAAGGUUUUAGCAAAAAAAAUAGCGGCCAAUGAACAUGUUAAUGAAACAGAUUUAAAACUUUUAAAUUCUGAAGAAUUAAGAGGAAUGUACAAGCAAUGUAGUAUGGAAAUUGAAAAAAUGAAAGAAAAACAUAUUUGUAUUGAAUCCACAGUUUCUUUCUAUGACAUAUUGACCAAAAGAAUUUAUAAUGUUGCGAUGAUUUUAAACCACAAAAGUGUAGUGCGAGUAUUAACAUCUCGCGAUUAUGAGAAAGAGUUUCCGAUCUAUGCAAAUAUGCUCAAAACUCGUAUUAAAGAGGCUAAAAAAAUUAAUCUUUUAAUACAAUUAAGUACACAAGAUUUCAGUUUAGUAAUCAAGGAUGCAUUGCCCACAAUUAUUAUUCACGAAGUAUUCAGUUAUUUAUGUGAGAAGGAUUUCAGAACAUUCUUAGAAGCAUGUGGUCAAAUUUUGAAAUAAGAUUAAGGAUAAUUAUUCAGAAAUACUUUUAGUGUUAUUGUAUUUUAAUAUGUCUUUUAUUAAUUUCGAUUUAUUCAAUGCAGAAGGUUGUAAAAGGUAAUAAAAUUAUUAUUAUCCAAAAUCUAUCACGAUCAUUAUAGUUGUAUAUCAACAGACAAAUAUACAAGUUACAUACGAUGUCUUAGGCCUUUGAUAAUAAUUUCACUUUGUAAUAAAAAGCGAGGUCAAAAUAAAUGUAUAUUAACAAAAAC